UAUGAUAUUAAAAAUAUACUUGUCAUCUGUUUUCAGGAGGAACAUACUGCGCAUUUUCAAGCUAAUUUACGGAGUUGGCCUUCGAGCUCUUAGGACGCUUUUCAUGGGUAUCAACCCCACUUGGUCCAAUCAGCCCUCUGAUGCAGCUGGGUUUGACAAAUGGAAGAUGAAGCUCAGCAGAGAUGAAGAAGUUAUUUUCAACAAUGGAAAUAUAAAUGAAUGGGACUUCUCCUUAAUGACAACUGUACUUCUCUACUCAAAGAGUUGUGCCUUGGAGAUCAGCAAAAGACCUGGCUAUAACACUGCCCUGCAGGAAUUGAAGAAGCACCGGAACAAACUGUUGGGACAUCCUUCCACAGAAAUGAUGUCUGAUGCAGAUUUCAACCACUUUUGGCUGUUGUUAGAAAACAACUUCAUUGCACUUGGAGCUGAUCCAGAUGACAUUGCCGAAAUAAAGCUUCAGUCAGAUAAAGACCUGCACGCUGGAGGGUACUACAAGCAGUUGUUCUUGACAGAGCAAGCUAAUCGCCUCCCUUUUGGAACAAAGUUGGAGUCGAUGGAAAAAAAAUUGGACGUCAUUACUGAAAUGAUAGCCAAUAAAUCAUCUGAUUUUACCAAUAAAGCUCCAGUAAGUCCAAAAGAUUUGAGCGGUCCAAACUGGGAUGAAUGGCUAAGGUUUUGUGACGCGGUGGGAGAUUUUGAUACGCGGAAGAACCAGUAUAUUCUUGUUACUGAUGCUCUCUCACCAGAUAAUCAAAAGCGCUUUUCCAUUUUGAGAAGGGUAGCCUGGAAGAUGGUCUUAGAUUUCGAUCCCAUGUCAGAAGAAAAAGGUUUCUACCACUCGUUCACUUCACAAGAAGGACAAGGUAGCUUAAUCAGCAUGAUAACGCCAGCAGAGGUAAAAGGAAGUACAAUGGUCGGCCUGGCACGUCAGAUUGAUCCUAAUAAAAUCCAAUGGUUGUUUGUCAAUGGAAGAUCUAGUGACACAGCUGGAAAGUUACCGACAUUUUCCGAUUGGGAGGCAACCUCAGUGAAAGAAAUUUCGAGAUUUUUUGGUUGUUGUUGUGAUCCAGACAAGUUCGACAAGCAGAAGCCGGUUGUGUGUCUAAUUCUUCCACUUCGACAAGAAAGUUCUCCGUUUCUAGAAGUAACACUUAGCCGACUGUUUGAGAACUUUGACGACCAGUUCAAUUUAAAAACUGUGUCUUUUAAGCAGCAGAAACCCCUUUCCGUUUUUGGAAAGGUCAAAGUGCGCAGAGUUGAUCUAAGUCCAGAACUUGUGCAUCUGGGUCUGAAAGAAAUGCUCAGUUCAUCAUCAUCUCAGCGGUAUCGGAUGCCCACCUCCCAGGCCAAGGUUCCUGUAGACCUAAGUGAGAAGGAGUACCUUUACUUAAGGGAACAUCUAGAAAUCCUCUACGAAGGCUGCGAAGAAUUACCAGAAGUCUCAAACGACCCGUCGGAGGAAGAUGCACAACUGAAGAAUUUCCUCAAUGAGCACAGGAGGUUAUUCAUGUCCGGCAACGAAAUUUCAUUCGCAAGCCUCUAUGACAAUCAUGAUGCUAAGCGGGAAAUUGAGAAGGACAUCCAGAUCCAUGUCCAGCGCCUCCUAGACAAAGGGCUUACACGCUCAAUGACGGUGGAAAUCAAGCAUUCGCCAGGCACUGGUGGUACUACCAUUGCUCGACGGGUGAUGUGGGAUCUCCACAAAGCUUACCCCUGUGCGUUCAUAGAGAUGAGCUCACAUCUCUACUUUGAUGAAGACAACAGCUACGCCAGCAAACUAGCUGACAGGAUUGCUGCAUUAGAGGAGAUAUGCCACACAUCCCCUGUUAUUCUCGUAGAUGGAAAGCAAUCAAGGGUAACGGAAGGUCUAUCAAACAAACUUGUUCGGAUGCUGUGUAACAGAGGUCGACGAGCCCUCCUGUUACGUUGCCAACACGGCUCGAAGUCCUCAUCAAAAGAAAGUGAAGAGCCAUCGCGUAUUCACAAAGUUUUCUAUGUAGAUGUCAAGCUUGAAGAUUCAGUCGCUGAUCUAAACGAAUUCCAGUCGAAAUACAAGGAGUACAUCGAGAGGUCAUUAGGUGAGACGACAGUUUCAGGGGCAUGCCGUGUGUUUCAUUUUCCACUCCUUGCAAUGAUGCAAACUUUUCGUCCAAAGCUCAAGAAGAUAAUUGACGACACCUGGAAUGAGAUGAAGAGUCUCCAACAAGAAAUUGCCGUUGUGGUAGCGUUCUUUCAGAAGUAUGCGAACCAGCCAACUCCAGCCCUCCUCCUGUAUGAUGCCUUUCAGAGGUAUAUCCGUCUUGAAGAUGGCCAAAACGUCACUUACAAGGACAUCAAGCAGUUGUUCUCAGAGCACCUACUAAACCUGUUGGUUCCUUCAAACCCUUGGCUGCGUCGAGGAAGAAUGUAUCACUUGACAGAAUCGUCACCUCAAAGUUAUACGUUCCAGCAUCGUGUGGUUGCUGAGAUGUUGCUGAAAAAGUGUCUUCAGGAGCAAGGCUGUGACCUAUUUCAAGUGGUUAGCCAAUUCCUCCAGUUUCCAAUUUAUCAGCGCGACGACUUCUUGUCACUUUUCGAAGAGCUCUUUGUCUACAACAGAGAAGGUCAGUGGAAGAGGAAAUUUUCAGUUCUCUUUGAAGAACUUAAAGCCAUAAGCCCGGAACGUGCUGCAGAGGUUUUUUGCGAGGCAGCCGCAAAGACUGGUGAUUCAAUCAUAUUUGCCAGUGCCGCGAGAUUUUUCGCCAAGAUGGAGCCUCCCUCUUUUCAAAAAGCGAUGGAGCUCAUUGAACAGGCUUUUGAAGCAAGCAACAUCAAACAGAAAUUCAGAAGCAUUUGCCAUACGAAAGGGGUUGUUCUGUAUUUUGAAUUUAAACACAAUAUAAAUAGUGGCAAGGUAAGAGAUCUGACAACACUUGAAGAACUGGCAAAUAGGGUGCUGGAGGCGUACAAAGAAGCUCGCAACUUUCCUCCGACGUACCCCAAUCCUCUGAUUGGUGAGGUAGACGUUUGGCAAGCAUGUAUCGGGUGGAUCAUGAAGAACAAGUGCGGCCGUGAUUCUGAGAGAACUCUGAAGUAUCUAGCCAACCAGUGUCCUCCAUUCUUUCGCACUUGUGUCAGUGAUUCCUUUUAUCUUCUCGACAUUGUGGAUGGAAUUGUGCAAAGUGUACCAAGCCUGCAAGAUCCAGAAGAAACACAAAGAAAGUGCAACGAUGCCAGGUUAUCUUUGAUGAAAACGUUUGGAACAGGGCCUUCUUCAACCGGACGUGGUCGUGAUGCAGAGGAUGUCGUUCAAGCUUGCAAGGCACUUUGUAGCGCCAAAAAUUUUCCAAAGUCAUCCGCAUUAGAGCUGAAAAGACUACAAGCUCAAUUUAUUUUGAAUUCCAGUGAUCAAAUCGACUCCUUAAAGCAAGGACAUCUCGAAUUUUUGUUGAAACUUUUGGAAGAACUUGUACUUAAGGAGAAUGAACAUCGUUUAGCCUACCAUUUAAUGAAGGUCUGUGUACUGGUGACCGGACCACAAGGUUACACCCUGGAACAAGGUCUCAAUGUAUGUGAAAAGUGGUUAGAAGCCUCGCAUCAUGAUUGUCUUCCUUACUUCUACCGCAUGGCAAUUUGCUUUCUAAAGAUUCUUGAUGGGCAUGCGAUGGAAUUCAUGCCGAAAUACUUGAAAGCGUUGAAAAUGUGCCGAGAGAAGUCACAGAACCACUGUCGCAGUAGUCAGUCAACAUUGUUUGUGAGCAAAGAAGGGGAGGGAAUGUCUCGUUUGGUUACUCGCAACACGUUGUUCCGUGGAGAAACUGACUACUCCCCUGACAUUUCAGAAAAAGUAACAAAGUUCUGGUUGAUGGAUAGUAGAAAGAAGUUGCUUGAGUGCAAAGGAAGGAUCCGUCAAGGGCCAUCUUCCGAUCGAGGAAAAACGUAUCCUUACAUCGAGCUGGUACAAGGGAAAGUGGACCUCUACGUUGGUAAGAACGCAGAUAUUGGCAAGGUGGACAGAGACUUCACCAUAGGACAGUUGGUCUACUUUGUGGUUAGUUUCAACCUUCAAGGGCCCGUUGCCAAUGGUAUAACCUUCUCUCCAAAUAAUACAACACCCCAUUAGCAGGAACGUGAGUUGAACAAGCGAAAUAUGCCACAAAAGUGAACUGACGAGGUUAUGUUAACUAAGUGCUGUAGGAAUUCAUAACCUUGUAUCAGUGCCUUUAAAUAGUACUGUAAAAUAUUACUUUAUUGUUCUUUUACAGAAAGGAAAUGCCUCCAGAGGCGUAAUUAGGAUUUCUGUAUAAUAUAUUUUUUUCGCGUUGUUCAUGUUGAACUAUGAUUUGCGAUCGUUUUUUGUAUUUGCUCAUCGUAACCUAGUCCCGCUUUAGCUAAGAAUUGUAAAUAGGAAGUACAACAGUUGCAAUCUGCUCACUUGCUUCGACAGAGGGUCUCUUGUAUAUAGCAAUUUAUAUGAUGUUAUGAUUUGUGUCAAAUUUUGUAAGGAGACACUUAACGAUUGUUAUCUUACAUGUAGAAUAAUUACAAAUCUCAUACGUGUUGACAUGUCUCAGGAUCAGUUGGUAGACUUGAUAGUACAGAAGUUCGUCGGAAGUUCAUUCGUAUCGUUAGAAUUUAUUCCUAUUGCUUGGCUGUCUGACUUUGUUGUCAAAAUCAAAGUUCCACUUGAAAAUGAAAUCGACUGUUGAUCCCUUGGAGUUCACACUGAUGACACUUACAUGGCGCACACAUAUCCGCUGGUCUCGCAAAUUUGAAGUAAUCAGAUGGUUAUUAGUCCUGAUACGGCAUUUUGGACCAGACUGAGCAUGUUUAAAUUGGCAGUAAGCAGCUGAUUUUCAAAGCAUUAACCUUGUGACGUCACAUGUAACUAUUUGGUAAUAAAGCAGUUUUGUUAAAUGUUACCAAGCUGUACUAGUGGUUUCCAUUUUCCAUUUUAUUCCGCAAGGCUUUCCCUUUGC